CUUUUAUUUCUUUUUUGUUUCUUCUGUGCCUUCCAGUUCAUCUAGCACCUUGUUCGAGUAUUCAUAGGUAGGGGUGCCCAGUUUGAUAAGCUCAGCAUAAGAGCAGGAAAGUUGUGGCAUCUAGUCCAACUUGUUCACUGUCUUGCUUCCUCUCAGUAUUCCCAUCAUUUGGCUAGAAAUGAAGGUGCUAGAACGAGGUAGAUGGUAGUGGUUGCAGUGGCUGCUGCCUGUCUGGUAAAUGGCUAUUUCAAAAUGUAGUGGAUUGUUUGACUAGAGAAUGAGUUGCCUUGAGUGGAAGCGUUUAAACAGAGACACAGUGAGACUAUAUUGGGAACUUAAGCCUCAGUUAUGGAGUAAGACUGGAUAUAUCAAAGAAUCUGGCUCUUAUGGUAGAAUAAAAGGAAAUUCUUAUUUUCCUAUGAGACAGUCUUAUUAAAUUGAUCAUUUAUACUAAGAUAUAAAAAAUCUAGUAGCACUAUUUGGGUAUGUAAAUUAAACCAACAGAACAAUAUCUCCAGUAGUAGUAAAAAUUGGAGAUAAUAUUGUUGAAUACAAAAUUUACUGAUGAAAUCAUUAUAAAUAAAAAAAUUAUUAAAGUGCUUGGAUUUUACUGGGAAUAAUACUAAUUGCUCCUGCUAUGAUGCAAAAACUGAAUUGGGAGUAUAUUGUCCUCUGGCUAGGUAGCAAUGAUGUGUUGGGUAGAGAAAAUGAAGAGUUCACAGGAGGAAGAGGGAGAAGAGCUGAGGAUGGACUGAGGAGUUUUUUCUUCUGUCCUUGACCUGUUGCUUUGGAUUUUACUGGAUCAUAUUACCUGCUAUUGCCAUAACAAACUAAUCAAAGACCCUCGUGGGACCAUUUUCAGGCAUUCGUUAUUUCUACUACCAUCUUGGCUUCUGUCUAGGUUGGAAGCCUGUGGGAAUCCAUGUGAGUUCCUUCCUUAUUUAACAUUUAGAAAAAAUUACCCUCUGAGGUUGCAGGUGGCAUAAAUGGUUUCUUUUUAAAUGCUGAUAUAUCUAACACCUUCCUGCUCAAAAUAUGUUCUAUGGACCAGCAGUAUGCUAUGGACCUGCAGUCCAGGACCUGCAGCCUGGACAUCAUCUGGGACCUUAUUAGAGAUGCAGAAUCUCAGCCCCCACCCUGAUCUACUGAAUUAUGACCUGCAUUUUAAGAUCUCCAUGGGAUGUAUAUGCACAUUAAUAUUUGAGAUGUACCGAUUUAACAUACUUAGUUCGCAUUCCUGUAGGGUGUCAUCUACUCCCAGUGUGUCAUCAAUUUCCUAGAAUGGGUUUAACUGGGGCUGUGCUCUCUCUUAAUUAAUCGGCUAAUUCAUUAGCAUAUUUAAUCCCUGCAACAAACCUUCACAACACCUUAAUCCUUAUAUUGCAGAUGAGACAGUUAAAUAACUUAUCCAAGGUCACGCAGCUAGUGUAUAGUGGAGACGUUCUACUUGAGUCUGACUCAUUUCCAAGUCUUUUUUCUUUUCCAACACCACAUUGCUUUCCCUUGAAUUUAAUCAUGAAUAAUUGUUUAUGCAUUAAGAGAAUAAGGCCCAGAAAAAAUAAAGGUUAGAAAGAGAUCUUUGAAAGAGGCCUUCCAAUCAUUCAAAGAUUAUUUUGAAGAGUGUAUCACACUUCUGGUGAUAAAGCAAAGAAGGCAGAGUGAAGUACUCUUGGUCCCUGGCUUUUGGAGUAAUUGGGGGAAGUGAGAGGACUGACUGCAUCUCGUCAUGCGCAUACUUUGUCCUGCCCAUCAGCUGACCUGCAUCUUGCUGCUGCUGAGGCAGGUUCCAUCUGUUUAAGCCUGUGUUGAGCCAGGUGCACAGAGCAGUACUGAUUGUGUUAUGUUGAGGCUGCCCAUAUGCCUCCAUGCAAACUGCAGUUCAAGAGCUGUAAAACUGUUUGCAUUUGAAAUCUAUCAGAUGGCUUUGAACAAAACCAGUUCCAAUAAGGCUAUUUGAAUGCUUUAUAUUUGGCAAAAGCGUGUAGAACUUAUGGCCACCAACCAAAUUAUUAAGAAAUAUUGUAUUUUCAGAAUAGCUAUAUUUUCCAGGGAGAGAUGCAUGUGAAGAAACCCCAUAAAACACUGGAGAUGACCCAGGUCACUGUUUGUUCUUGGAAAACUCCAUUCAGCUGCAAACAGGGAGAAUAAAACCCAAAGCAACUGACAUCUGCUUUGAGAUUGGGGGAUCCUGUGUCACGUUCGCUCUGGGGUUGUAACCCAGCUGGACUUGUUUCAAGCUGGGUAACAUCUAGUCUGGGCUAUCCACACUACACAAACAUUUCUUGGGGGGACUAGAUAAUGAUUUCAAAAUGAGCAGUGACUUAGAAGCAUGAAGUGAGUGUGGGGUGCCUCUCAGUAUCUUUAGAACUUGGUGUGUAUGGGGGACACAGUUAUCAGUUGGAUAAACGGGAGGGGAAGCACUAAAGUUUCUUGAUCAGUCUCGGAGCUGUUCUCAUACUUGAAGGGAACUCUGUUGACUUAACCUUUUGUAGAGUGUGUGAAUUUGUCAGUGACAACAUGCUUCACAGAGUUCUCUUACUUCUGCAUUGGCCAGUCCUGCUCUCUCUAAACUGAUGACCUUGAGGGCCUCCAAGUUUAGAAGCUUUCAGAGCCAGAUUGGCUGCCUGGGAGCAGUCCUCCAGCACUCCUCACAUGCUCCAGUCACCCUGUCCUUCCCUCUAGCUCUCUUUCUGACCUUAGAAGACUGAAAUUGAGAGGCGGAGAGAAGUCAUGGAAUCCCAAGGGCCUAUUCACUUUAAGGCCCCACCCCUCUAUUCAGAGCCAUCCAACCCGGAGAACUUAGAGUCAUCCUCAGGAGUAAAGUUCUUUGAGUUAUAUAUAUAUAUAUAAAAGGGCAAGCCCAUCCUAAAUGUCAGUCCAAUAUCCACGGGGGCUAGAGACAGCAGGUAAUUAGAAGCAAUUAGUUGUCCCCCUGCCGGGAAGCCGGGCAAUUACCUUUUUCUCUCUUCCUCUUCCGUCCUUCCUUCUCCCGUGGAAGCGAUAGAAGUGUUUUGCUCCCUAAGCAGCAGUGUACGCUGAGUUGGCACGGGAAUGAGGGAUGAACUGAGCAGGAUUCGGUCUCCUCCUCCCGCCGCCGCGGUGGCCGCCGGCAGAGCAGUGCAUUGUGGAGGCUGAGCGCGCCGCGGUGGCUGGAGCUGCGGCCCCGGGAUCGCGCGGCGAGGAGCUGUCCGAGGUGCUGACCGGCCCGGCCCGCGCCCUGCGCGCCCACCUGCCCUGGACCACUCCAAGUCCUGGCUUUUCUCCCACCCCUCCGUCUGCCUUUGUGUCCUCCUCACCUAGGGGCGUAGCGGCUGGAGGAAAUCAUGGUGUUCGCUCCAGGUGAGAAACCUGGAAAUGAGCCUGAAGAGGUGAAGCUGCAGAAAGCCAGCAAACAGAUCGUGCAGCAUGCCAUCCUGCAAGCUGUUCAGCAAGUGUCCCAGGAGAGCCGGCAGAGGGAAGACAGAACCGGUGACAACCAGGGCAACUUCCAGCUGGGCGUGGGGGAAUUAACCAAGAAGCACGAAAAGAAGUAACGCAGUGGAUCUGGCUCUUGUCAUAUGCCUGGUUACCAGCCUUCCUCUUAGUAUAGGAUGCGUUGCCAAAACGUUGCCAGUAAAGCAAACCAAAGUGUCAUCAGCACCUAGCAGUAGAAUGAAUUCGCGCUAGUCCUUGGCUGAGAAGCACUGUUUUGAAAACGUGCAUUAGAAGAUUCUGUUUAUAUUAAGGCAGUGCCUCUGAAACAUAGCGGGGCCAAAUACAACACUGUAAUUGCAAAAGUAGUUUUGCAACACAAUUUAUUUUUAAGGUUCUUUUUUUCCUAAAGAUUCUGUCUUGUUUGUUUACUUUCGCCCUUGAUGCAUCUUUCUGUGAAUCUAACCAGCAAUCCUUUUUGCUGAAAAGUACUGUGUCCUUUAUAAUAUUUGAAAAAGACAUGCUGGAGAAGUGAAGGAAUGGAGUUUGUCACCUUCAAAUAUGGAAUUAAAGGCUUCACUGAGUUCAGGUCUCAGAUCAAAUUGAGCAGAGGCAAAUUUUAUGGCUUAGUCCCUCAGGUCUUACAAGGCAUAUAUUUAUAUUACUUUUUAAAAAGGAGGAGUUUAACUUUUCAAGAACUCAGUUUUUUUGGUCUCAGUUCUCUCAAGUGUUUGGUACGGGGUGUUUACCCUCUUGCAGAAAUCCUUGGGAAAUACAGAUUUCUUUUUCCAUGUCAAAAUAAGACAAGUGAUAGAUCUAUAUGCAUGCCUUGCCCAUGACUCUGUUUUUUAGCAGCCCCGUGAAGAGCCACUAGACCCACAGAUUCCAUGCUGGGGAUACACUAGGGUCUGAUUAUGGGGUGCAUUGUCCUUGGAAGGAGCUGUGGGGCUUUAUAAAUUAUAUGUUGUCAUUGGGCUACACAUUUGCAAUAGUACCUUACUAGUGGGAGCCUUUCUUUUCCUCUCCACAAAUUAAAAUUACAUUUUUGAGUUAUAAAAAUCAUGCACAUCAGGAACAAAUAACCCUGCAAAUGGGAAAAGCAUUUUUCAGCUCUCUGAAGCAUGACAAUACGGUGGGAACAAUAAAGUAACUGUUUCGGGCAAUGCAGUAUAGAGAUCUACGUGUGUAUGAAAAAAGCCAUCUUCAUUGCCAUAGUAUGACUUCUGCUCCACUCCCAUGUGGAUAAUGCACAUCUUUCGGAAGUCAUUAGAACCCCAUAGUCUGGGUUUCACCACAGUUACUGAGUUGGUGCUACUGAGGACAGAGAGAGAAUUUGACCUUUAGUAAAAAAUCCUUUGGCUUUAGAAUAUCGAUGUCUACGUUUAAUAGUUUUUUUAAAAAGCCAGUAUUAGCAUAUAUGGUAUGACUGAUAUUAAGAUCUACUUAGAGAAUUCCAGUAUGCUACACUUUCCAGAAUGGAUACUAUUGAUGAUAGUAAAUGAACGAAAACAAUCUCUUACCAACUGUUGGGCUAUCUCGUAUGAUGCACAGAUGGAAUAAAUUCACAGGGAGAAUGGCGAUGAGAGGGAGCAGAGGGGGUUAAAAUUUAAAUGCGAUUUAUUCAUAGAUAUUUUUUGUGUCAUGAACUCAUGACAAUUGAAGAAGGAGUUUAAGUUGGUCUGAAGUCAUAUAAUUGAUAUAUAAUUGUACCGUGUACUUACUGGGAAUGAAGGUCUUAAGGGAAAUUAUUCGGAAGGAUCUAUAAUAAAAAAAUAGACCCAAUGCUUGUAGUUUGCAAGUGAUCUGGGACCAUGUCUACUGAGAUGUCUGGGCAUAACCACCCCUGGACCUCGCUGUCAUUAUCGUGUGGCAGAAACACAAAAAUGUAUCAUCUUUCCUCUCUGGUGUGUCUGUGCUAACCCAGUGGGGAUCUUUGAGAACAUCUGAUUAACCUCUGUAUCUAAAUAUUAUUUGUAAAUAAAACAUCCCCAGCUUUGAAAUAUGUUGUCAUUGUAAGCCAAGUUUCCUACACCCUACUGUUUGGCUCAUUUCAUCUGUGGACCUCACAUUCGUAUGGGACCAUGAGGCACCCCAAGAUUACCAAACCCCUAGAUGUCAUGACCCCGAGAGUGCUCCUUCCAUGGGCCUUUACUGUAAGUCUGUGGGGUGGUGGUUCCUGAGGCUUGGGCAGAAAAGGACCAGUGGUAAGAAGUGACCCUUUGAUCUCAGGAAGUGAAGGUGAGUGGAUCCGGAGAGUUGAAUGUCUUUCAUUAUCUUUCUGAGAUGGAACCUCUACAAGGAGGAACAGAGAUAUCGAUGAAUUCUUGGAAGAAGAAAACAAGGUUAAGCAAUCCCUGCCCUCAGUAGAUCGGUGCCGUAUUGGCAGAAUCCUAAGAAAGCUCAGCCGUAAAAAUAAACCCAUCUGUCAAACUCUUGCCGAUCUCUGUCAGUAUAAAGUUAUUGGCUUUGAAAGGAGCCUAUGGAUCCUCAUGUGGCAUAGGAUUAAGGUGGGCUUCCACUUGCUUGUUGUCAUAAACCAGCACACCGCUUUUGGUUUUGGGAAUUUUAUCUUCUUGGUUUACGACAUGAUAAAGCAUACAUGGGCCUCCCAGCUCUGUGUGAUCAGCCGUUCAUCUUUUACUUUGCCUGUCUCUGGAGUGGACCAAAGAGAAAAGUCCUUUUAUGUGGCUUUUCUGUAUUAAUCUAUGCAGUGUGAACAGUAUAAAUAGAUACAAAAAAACAUACUGCUUCCUGGGCUUUAUUUUUCUUCUCUCUCUUUUUGAGCUGCUUUGUAUUCUCGUAUGGUGUGUUAUCUUAUUUCAGGUUACAAAAAAAUGAAUGGACCAUUUAAAAAUAAACAUUGUUAUUUAUGCCAAUCAGGAAUGAAUAUCUAUUUUCAAGGUGUUAAGGUCUCUGUGAAAAAAAUGUUAAAAGAAGGAAAAUUUGAAUUUAUCCACUGUAACAGCCAUUCCAAUAAAAUACAAUAGAGAAUAAAGUCUCUGAGAAAUCUGGUAACUAU